AUGUCAGAUCAGUCGAGAUUGGAGCUCAUUAAUGAAAACCCAAUACGAAAUGGACUCGAUGCCUUUCGCGCCCUGUUUACCUCGAUUUGCACGAGCAGAAACCUUCCGUCUACAAUAGACACGCUUCGUCAGCUUGGUGCUGAAGAUCUCCGCAACCUUGCACUCACCCUUUUUACAUCUUUGCGAAACCUCCCAAUCUCAGGUUCGCUUCACUCGACAUCUGGGAGUGCCACCCUCCGCUCAGUUCUUCUCAGACUUAUUACUGCUGCCGCUUCGGAUAGCUUCGACUUUGAUCGUAUCAAGCCACUUCUCGAGAUAGCAAUCUCUGACGAUACUAAGGAUGUACAGAUUUGGGACUUUGUAUCUACCGCAGCCGCCGAAUCCACUCCUCCUCCCCGAUCGAUAGCAUCUUCCCUCCAACAAACCCCGUGGAGCCAAAACACGAGCAGUUUCGUGAACUCGUCAGAAUACCGCCAGAAUGUGGAUCCUGUCCUUAAACUGGAACUCGAACAUCUAUACGUGGGACUUCCGAAUUUCCAUAAGUCUUUCUUUGGGGAUAUCCCAGAACUUGACAUGGUUUCUGAGGCGGUCUUCCGCAAGUGUAUUGAAGGCGACAGUCCACUUUUCAAGGAGGGUUGGAGUGGAUGGCCUGCGGGCGCUAAAGAGAGCGACGUGCUGACUUGGAUUGGCGGCUUGAUCUCGCAGCUGGAAGCAUUUGCAGACAACCGCAUUCCGACUUCGGUGGCGAGACGAAAGCUGUUGGCCCAGCCGAAGACACCGUUGGAAGGCUCCACAGGCAAGCGCAGCAUGGAUAUCGGCUUUGUGGAUAGCGACAUUAUAUAUAAACCUGACACUACGGAUUCAAGAUAUCGCUGGGCACACAUCCUCGUUGUCGGCGAACUAAAAAAUAACCCAAAGGCCGACAUAGCAUCGGUUGCAUGGAUUGACCUUGCAAGGUACGCAAGAGAGGUGCUCGCUGCUCAAGAUACACGUCGCUUCGUCUUGGGAUUUACUCUCUGUGGGUCUCUUAUGAGGAUAUGGGAGUUCGACAGGCUUGGGGGGAUCGCAUCCGAACAAUUUGACAUCAACAAGGAGGAAGGUGGGCUACAGUUUGUGGCCACAAUUCUGGGGUUUCUGCGAAUGAACGAGGAGAUGCUUGGGUUUGAUCCUACCAUAGUAACAACCAGCGGCCAGAAAUAUAUCGAGAUCGAACGAAACGGCCAGACAGAAUGUCUCGUCAUCGACGAGGUCAUAAAGCGCGCACCAUGCAUCGCAGGCCGAGCGACAACUUGUUGGAAAGCUCAUCGCAACAAUGAUCCACAUAAUCCACUUGUCAUUAAGGACUCGUGGCAGUACGUCGACCGGGACGAAGAGGGCGAAUUGCUCCAGGAAGCAACUGAGAAAGAUGUGACUAACGUUGCUCGAUAUUACCACCAUGAGACUGUUCGUAUCCGUCGUACAGAUGAUGAUGUUCGGAACAAUGUCCGAAAAGGGCUGGACGUCACCAAAGCUACGAAUUUCCAGCCAAAACGAACAUUGCCGUCGAACGUGGGCGGAACUGUGUCCAGAAUAUCACGCAAAGGGCGUAGUAGUAGUUCCGGGGUGAAACGACCAUCAAGCGAAACGGACGCUGCUCUGCCUCCGAGCAAGCGAUCCUAUUCAGCGUCCCCAACAAAACCUAGCCUGGACGUACUGUCAAAUCGGAUACAUCGACGUGUCAUUCUUCGAGACUAUGGGGAGCCGAUCUACAAGGCAAGCUCCCGGGCAGCCCUGCUUGAUGCGCUCGAGGGCUGCAUUGAAGGCCACGAAUCCUUGCGCAAGGCUGGCUUCCUCCACAGAGACAUCUCUGUCAACAAUCUCAGGGUGAAUGAGGACAAGGCGAACCCUUCCUGGCGAGCUUUCUUGAUCGACCUUGACCUUGCUAUUCGAGAGCAUCGAGACGAGGCUUCGGGAGCAAUGGGAAAGACUGGCACUAGGGCGUUCAUGGCCAUCGGUGCAUUACUGGGGGAACAGCAUUCUUUCAUGCACGAUCUUGAGUCUUUUUUCUGGGUACUCUUUUGGAUAUGCAUACAUUACAACGGACCAGACGACAGCCGGACUGUGCAGCGAUUUGAAAAAUGGAAUUACGUGGAGAUGGCAGAGCUGGCAGAGUUGAAGAAGGGUCAGGUGUCCCAUGAACAAGACUUCAUCAAGACUACAAGCGAAUACUUCACAACACUUUACACGCCGUUGAUACCCUGGGUUAACAAGCUACGCAAGGUUGUGUUUCCCAAUGGCAGGAGAUGGGAGAUGGAGGACGCUCGGUUGUAUUUGCGGAUGAAGAAUGUUCUCCGCGAUGCUAUAACGGACCCCACUGUGGCCCCCGCUUGA